AAGCUAUCGUUCUUCCUAUGACACAUGCUGAUAGAUUCAAAAAUUUAGGUAUCAAACCACCGAAAGGUGUUUUAAUGUAUGGACCACCUGGAACGGGUAAAACAUUGUUGGCUAGGGCUUGUGCUGCUCAAACCAAUUCUGCAUAUUUAAAACUAGCCGGACCGCAGCUUGUUCAGGUAAAUAAAUAA